GGAAGUGCCUGUUCCACAACAAGGACAGCGGCAGCUGCAUGCACAACUGAUCUGUCAAAACGGUUACUGUAACUCUGUAUUCAUUACCACUCUGGCCGUGUGCACCUGAAGGGCAUGGCGGGGGCGGUGGUGCAGACGGCUCUCCGGAUCCUGCGCCCCCGGACACUGGCCGCGACUUCAUGCAGAGUCCUGGCCCCGGUUCAGUGCGUCCUCCCGCCGGCUUCGUGUGUGCUGUCCACGCUGUGGAGGAGCUGUCCUGUCAGGACGCUGCAGCUCUGCUCAGCCUUAUGUGCGGGACAUAACAAAUGGUCAAAGGUGAAACACAUUAAGGGUCCCAAAGAUGAGGCGAGGGGCAAGAUGAUCACCAAGUUUGGGAUGAUGAUAAAGAUAGCUGUGAAAGAAGGAGGACCCAACCCAGAUCUGAAUGUAAACUUAGCCCACGUACUGGAGCAGUGUAAAAGCAAGAACAUACCUAAAGCGUCUAUAGAGGCUGCAAUCAAAAAUGCGGAAAAAUCUAAACCAGCGUCCCAGCACAUUUUCGAAGCUCGGGGGCCUGGUGGAUGUCUGCUGCUCAUCGAGGUCCUGACUGACAACCACGCACGCAGCCACCAGGAAAUCAAACGCCUGAUUGUCCGGAACAAAGGGAUGCUGUCAGACGGAGCCCGUAACAACUUCAACAAGAGGGGGGUGGUCGUGGUGCCGGGCCAGAACAUCUCGACGGAGCGAGCUCUGGAGCUGGCCAUCGAGGCAGGAGCAGAAGAUGUCCAGGAGACUGAGGAUGAGGAGGAGCAGCCCAUCCUGCAGUUUAUUUGUGACAUGACGGACGUGAGGAAGGUGCGAGCCUCGUUGGAGGAGCUGGGGAUGCAGAUAAUAUCUGCUGGCUUGGAGUUUGUUCCCCGAACUCUCUUGUCUCUGGACCAGGACCAGCUGGAUGCUGCUUCAACGCUGAUAGAAGCCCUUAAUGACUUUCCAGAAGUAGUCCGAGUCUGGGACAACAUCCAGGCUGACAGCUGAGCAAGACCUCCGGACACUUGGUGGACAAUGAAAAUCUUACAAGUGGAAUUUUUGAUUUCACAGAAAAAUGACGGCCUGUACUGCUUGUUGAAACGUGUCACACUGUUUAUCAUACUCAGUAUGAAAAUAUGAGUGUAUUGGUCAUUUUCAUGCUUUCCUAUGGAACUUGGAGGGGCAAUGACAUUGUGGUCCUUGUUAAGAUAUAAAGUGAUAUUUCCUAAUAAAUUGCACGUUUAUUUACAUACAGCCUCAAGUACAUACAGAGAAGUCAUGCCUUUUUAUAAACUUGAUUAUUCAGCGGGAAGAAAAGUAAAAUAAUUACGAUAUCUGCAA